AUGUCUAUUAUCAGAACCCUGAUCAAAUACUUCAACGGCGGCGAAGAGAUUUUCUCAUCCCCUGAGCUCCGCGAGUAUUACAUCAGGUAUACCAAGCCUGGCUCGCUCAUUACGAACUCGCGAAAGUCAAACUUCCGCCAAUAUCCCGCCAGAAAACUAGACCAAUCGACCGAAGAAACCGUAACGCUACUGAUUCUGAUGUUUGGCAAGGGUCCGACGUCCCAGGUAGGGCUGAAAACGAUUCUAGACGCCCUAGUUACCACAACUGACACGGCGACCCGUGACGUGAUGUCAGAGCGUUUGACAAGGACACUUCUUCCCAUCGUUGUGCUUACCGACAUCCUCGACCGGUCAGAGGCCUUCCAGCCCUGGGCUGGCAAGUUUGCCAUCGACCUCAACGAUUCAAAGACGAGAGAGCCUCACGAGCAGCGAUUAAAGAAGGAAGUGGAAGGGGUUUUCCGGCCGCUGGAGCGACUUCGCAAGGGCAAGAAUACCUUUCAAAAAGAGACCGUCUUGGCGGGCCGACCGACAGGACAACGAUUUCCGAGUCCGAAAGAUAGAAUGAUGACCCGGAAGAACCAGCAUGUGAUCAUUAAAGCCAUAGAGAACUUGGAAGAUUUCUGGACCAAAGCGAUGGGCGAGCUACGCACAUUGGGUUGCAUCGAUACUGCUUUGGAGGAUAUCAUCAAAUCCCAGGUUAUACCUCCUCCAGCUGAGACGGCCGCCAGCCCGAACAAUGAACCGAUGCAAGAGGCCCCGAAAAUCCCUAUGGAAAUGGUGCUCCCCUUCGCGGGACUUGCCCUGGACACUAGCGAUAGCCGUAAAAGCGGUCGGGAAAAGCCCCGGAGUCUAAAGAAGAAGACUCGUGGGGUCCCCGACCUAGAUCGCCUAGCGGAAGAGGCGGACGAAUAA